UACACCUGAGUAAAGCCACUCCUAUUCCAGAGUGAUUCAGAGAUGGUUGAUUAGCUGAAGCAGGAGGUUGCUCUGAAAAAGGAUUUUUUGAAGAAAAUGUGGUCUGUAAACGUUGUGAUCCUUCUCCUGUUCUGCUAUGCAUGUCUCUCAACUGGAAAUGGCAGGAUGCAUUUUUUGUCCAGAGACUUUUACAACGUUCUUCACUGGGAUCCUGUGGAGCCUGCUUUUCCAGGCCAAAAGGUGCUCUAUAGUGUGCAGUACUGGAGAGACGAUGAGAAGCAGUACUGGAUAAAACAGGAGUGUCAAAACAUCACCCGGCUUUCAUGUAACCUGACUGCAGAAACCCCAUCAGUGUAUGAUGUUCACUACAGAGCUAAAGUAAUGGUUAAUGGGAGCUGUCUUUACAUCACCACCAACUUUAAACCCUUGAGAGACACUGUUCUUAGUCCACCACUUUUGUCUUUGCACACAACAUCGUCCACUCUGCAUGUCAAUGUCACCCUGCCACCGGGACCAAAUGGAGUCUCCAUUGCAGAUAUAAUCACCUCCAGCAAAAAGGGCUUAUUAAAAGCCAUGCCAGAGUACACCCUUAAAAUAACCAAUCCACAGUGGGCUGCACAGGUCAUUACAAGCACUACUGGCCACUUUGACAUCAACUUAAAGUACAACCAGUCUGAGUACUGUGGUCAUGUGGUUUACAUACCCACUCCAGAAUGGGGACGCUCAGUCAGUGAGAAUAAAUCCUUCUGUGCACGUCUGCAAGAUUAUCCUCAGAUACCUUUACAGUGGCCUCUCCUGAGUGCUGCUGUACUGGGAGCCAUAGUCAUAAUAUCAGCUGUUUGUACGUGGAACUAUGUGAAGGGUGGAAACUUAAAGAUGCCAGAGGCACUGGUAAUACCCUCCCAGGAAUGCAAAGUGUUGCGCCCUCAGGACAAGAAUCUCAGAAUUUCUGAAGUAUCUUUUGGAAUAAACAGCGACAUAAUGGUUCAGACCAAAGUCAAGGUGGAGCCACACAUAGGUCCAAAUACGUCAGAGGGUUAUUCCCCACAGAUCAACCCUUGGACCAUCUGCCAAUACAACCCUGACACAAGCGACCAGUCUUCUGAAAGCUACGCUGCGGUUGCAGUCCAGACCCAGGAUAAAAGAAAUGAGAGAAAUCUUCACCAGGUUGGCAUUGUGAACAGACAAACAAUCCAGCUUACUUGGCCCUGCAGUAAGGAAGAAACCCAGGAUAAAGGAACACAACUUCCCAAAUUUAAUUUAAGUGAGAGCGAUCCAGAGCAGCAGCCGCUGGUGCUACAAACUGUAAGAAACAAAGAAGGACAACUUUUGUUGACCCCAUUUACAUUUCAAUUACAAAGCAGUCCUGAUGACAUAGAAUUACAGAUGAACAGAGAAAGGAAACCUCUCUUAUCAGACCUCUUUGACUGCCAGGAUGGGUCGUCGUUUAUGAUUUUAGAAAGACUAGACAGCUCAGAUGGGAGAGAUUCUGGCUGUUAUGAUAGCACGAUAAACACACCAACCAGCUCAUACUGCAACACUAGCUACUCCCCCUCUGAAACAAUGGUUCCUGGUUUUCUGCAAGAAUGUCAGACCACAAUUCCUGGGGAUGCCAUAUUUCAAUCAGGGUACAAACAAAACUGGAUGCCUGUAAUCCUACCUGGACCAAUUGACAUUCACUGAUACAUGAGCCUUAAUUAGUCCAAAAAAAACCAAAAACAUAUGAGAACAUUAAGAGCUGUGAAGCUCGGGUGUGAAGAGGAAAUGACAAAUUUUCCCAAAACACUGGAAUGUACACAUUCAAGAUUAUUUGUGCAGUUUCUAGUCAUUUAGACUAUAAAUUAGCCUUCCCCAGCAAUUUCCAUCAGGGACCAUUUUUUGUUCCACUUUUUAAAGCAAAGAACAGAGGAAGAAAAAGUUGACCAAAGGACUAUAGGAAAAAUGUUGGACUUGGGCAGAACCAGUAGAUUUGUAUGAAGUGCUGAUGGUUAUGUAAAAGCAGUCUUGUAUGUGCAUUUACACUCCUGUAUGAGAGAAGUUAUGCUUUGUAGCAUUUAUCAUUAUUUUGUGUAUAUACAUCUAUAUCUAUCUAUCUAUAUCUAUAUCCAUAUAUAUAUAAAAAUAACUUGUGGACACAAAUUACAGAAUAACUAGCUUUUUUUACAUUUUUGGCCUGAUUAAUGAGUUAUUUUUAUUGGGCGGACAGGCGAUGUCACACCGUGUGAGUAAGAGAACAGUCAGUGUUACAAAGCUCUGCAGCUAAGCAAAAUUUAACUAAUAUUUGGAAACAAAGAUGACAUAAUUGACAAGAUAUUUUAAGCUGUCUUUAGCAUCUAAUGUUAGUGCAAUAAGCUCAGUUAACAUUACAAACUGUAAACAAACAGUUCCCCUGCGUAAGUAAACCCUUACCUUGAGAAGUCCAAAAUAAACCAAAAAAUUGUAAUUACCAAUGUUCCUUGACUGAGUUGGAAUCUUUAAAAAAAGGAUAAAACAAAGCAAAUUUGCUGUAAUACUUUGAGCUUCCUGUUGUCUGCUGAAACCUAACUAGUGGAACGGUCUAUAUAGCUCCAUGGAGAUAUUUUGUUUCUAGAUGCUUCUUACAUGUCUUGGGCUUCCUCUGAUGCCAUUUUAAAAAACCUCACUAACAAUGAAAAUAGCUAAGUCUUAUUUCAGCAGCAGCUUACACAAUGAAGAGUGUUGGUGUGUGCUGUUAAGUUCUAGUUUAGGACAAUCACUGAUCAGAAAUACUGGAUAUUUUAGUUUCUGACAGGCUUAUCACCAGGGCUAAAAAUUAUUCAAUUUCUCCUCACUAGCCAAUUUGUCAGUGCAUCUUUACCUCAUACUAUCCUUGUUAUUUAUUUUUUAUAUUUUGUGACUACACAUGUCAGUGAUUGUUAUUUUAAAAGUACAAUGUGACUCUAAGUCAUAAAGUUUAAGUCUCAAAACAAACCUCAUUGUGCCAUCCUUUACUUAGCCUCAAUGUAACGUCUGACAACUAGAGCCAUAUGGAAGAAACAAUGUUUUCCGCCUUUUCUCCCAAUCAUAUUUCAGUAUUAUCUGUGAUGUUUGAUGCUCAUACAUGACUUUGUGAUUGUGACACUAAAUAAAAAAAAAGUUUUCAGGCUCAUUUUUAUUUUGUUUAGAUUUUUUGCUGUUUUAGUGAAGGGAAAAAAAAAACUUGUGCCACACUAAAAAAAAAACAUUAGGAGAUGGGGUCACGGUGCAGUAUGAGCCACACCGAUAAGAGCAUGGCUUUUAAAAGCUUGAGUGCAAUCUUGUAUGUACAGCUGUAAAGCAAUAAUGUCAGGUGUGUUUAGACUGAUACGAGUAACUAUGUACAAAACAAUGCAAAUGCAUAUGUAUUUCUCAACAAAUUAAUGCAAUGUGGAUUUCUACUGGAUGUGUUGUAAAGUUGAAAUACUGAGUGUACACUGUGUAAAAGAAAUCAGGCUUAAACCACAAAAAUUGUAUACUGUAUCUUUACAAACUCUAUAUGUGAAAAUGUCCUUUAAAUAACAUUGUGGACAACAAUAAAAUGUAAAUACAG